GCAUUUCAAGCGACUCACAACACGAUUCAAAGUAUCUACAAAAUGUUCUCUACAAUUUUUUGCUUCUUGGUAUUGAUCAGCUGUUUGGUGAUCAUCUCUUUGGCUGCUCCUGCUUGCAAUGAUGGCUUCUAUGCUCGAAAUGGGAAUCUGGUGAUCGAUUUGAAAGAUCUGAAUUCGCUGUUCAAUUGUGUUCAAAAACAGCAUCGGAAUCAAGGCUAAAACUGCACUAUGUAAACUGUGUAACACACCUGUGAAUAAAUGUGCUAGUUAUUGCAGAAAACAAUGGUUUAUAUAGAAUUAUUAAACAUAGUUAUUACGCC